CCAAACGACUUGCACUUGAGUGACGGAUUGACUGAUUUGACUGCACUUUGACCCUUCUGCUGCCCCCCUCCCUCUCCCUCUCUGUCUCCCCCCAAAGUUCAGUUGGCCAAUCAGAGCGACAUGGUCCAUGCGCCGCUUCGCAGCCCAGCCGUCCAGGGUCUCCAGUCUGGAGCGGUUUGUAGCAAUGAUCGUCCUUAUACUGACACCAUCUGCUUUGCCGUGUACAUCACCUACCUGCACGGAACACGUUCUUUUUGUUUUCUUUCUCUGCCUCUUGUGGUGAUGACCGCAACGUCUACAUACGACCAUCUUGCUGCUGCAAUGCAAUGCAAACAUAUGCCACGUUACGCCGGCUGGCUGCCAGGCCUGUAACGGGAAGCCUGUUCCCUAUCGAUAAAAAAGACAUUCCCUCCUUGGACUCGCGCAGCACGAGGGACAAUGCAAAACGCCAACGAGUGCGUAUGAUACUGUACGACCUCCUCCUCAUGGUACGGGUGCGUUGACCUGAAACGCUACGAGCUCGCGGCGCCAGAGGAGAGGGGAGAGGACACGUCCACUUGGAUUGAUUAACCAUGGCGUGCCAGGAGAGGCAGGAUUCGCCCGUCUUCCCUGCUGAUAUCACGACAAUCUUUUCGCCUGGGACUUUCUCGUAUAGUGCUCGUGCUAUCAAUAUUUGCUCUCACACUCAUUCAUCACCACCAUCGACUAUUGCGCCUGUAAAUAGUAUCCCUCGUACCUGGCUAUAUCGUCGGUCCACCCGCUACUCAUGUGCAGAUCGCACCAUGAUUCAUUCACGCUGGACCCCCAUUCACUAGGUAGACUCGACUGACUACCGUACUCCAUAUGCCGACUACGCGUGCGCCAUCUCUUUGGGUCGAGACUAGCUCCAACUCCAUUUCCACCGCAUGUGUCCAUCCUCGUCCCCAACAGCAGACAAAAUUCACCUGCCUCGAGCCACUCGACCUUCAUCCAGCUAGCCGUGUACCUGCAUCUGCCCUCUAUGGCCUUUUUUGCGUCAUGGAUGUACCGUAUUGCUACUAUAACUCACCGUACAGCACCACACCUCCCGCCCGCUGCCUCGCAUCCCCUCCGUCCCCUCCGACGACCGAGAUUAAGCCCAACAUCAACCGUCCUGUCAAAUCGCUCCACCGCAGCUUGAGACACGACGAAUUCUCAAGUCGUUUGUGGUGCAACACCCAGGAGUAACACCUUUCAUCUCUGGAAAAUACGCCGGAAACGAACCCGCUUAUUUUCCGCUUUCCAAUUCGGUGGGUCGCGCUCCCUGAAACCGAUGCGGAUGGGCCUUCCAGUAUGCGUCACGGGUCCUGUGUUUCAUCAGACCUGAGCCCUACCUCAGCUUCUCCGGGGUCUGGCCCUGCACCAUGAUGACGCCGCUCCGAUACAACACCGACCACCUUGCUCUCCACAGUCCACCAUUCAUCCAUUCAUCCACCCAUCAAUCCAACAUUCUAAUGCGCUCGAGCGGAGCAAGAAUAAAGGCCUUCUAACACCUCCUGCAACGCCCGCCACGCACCGUGCUCUGGUUUGCUAACCAUUUGCCCAAGCCACAACGCUGAUUGCUCAUUUACCCUUUCCGAACCAACGGAGCAUUGCCCGGACUCUUGUACCACCGUCAGCUUGCAUCUCCGUUGCGAACGCCCUCUCAUAUUACUAUUUCUGACAGUCCAUCCAUCAUGCCUCUGAUUGCCAAUGCUGCACGUGUAGAUUGUAGACUGGAUGUGAUCGCGCUG